UUGAUGAUGCAACCAGUAUAAAAAAAAUAAAAACGUCGCACAUUUGAGUGUAGAGAAAAUUUUAAUUGAUAAAAUAAGAAUUGUAAUUUGGUUUUGGCGAAAGCUAAACAUUGUUGUGAAUAUAUAUUUGCGAGCACAUAAUCAAUAUGAGUCAAUCAAAUUCAGAUAUAAGUGAAUCAAUAGAUGGUGGCGAGGAAAGUGAUAACUCAAGCAGUUCGAGUAAUUCCGAUAGCAGUGCCUCCAGUUGUAGUUCAUCUUCAUCAGACAGCGAACAGUUAGAAUAUGAUUCGUUGGAGUUGGCUAAAAUAACUGAAGAAGAAUUGAGAUUGCCUCGGGGACUUUGUGAAAAUAGUGCCAUAUUUAAAGAAUUUUUCUCGCUUAAUACUUGGCAGUUGUUACCAGAAGAGUUUCAGGCGCAGCUACAAGAGUAUUUGCCUUGUUUUUCGCAGAUUUUACUAAAACCAGGUGAGGCAGCAGCCGAGCAGCAGAAGACAGUUGCGAUGCUGUUCAAAAGAGAAUUGAAUCGGUUUGGAUCUUGUCCGCUUACCGAACUGCAACGAAAUCUAGAGGAAGGUAAUUAUAGACCAGAUGUCUUGAAAUUAAGACAAAGGAUAGCAAAGUCUAAACGGCGUCAUAAUCGCUUCUCCAAUUGUGAAAGGAUAAGUCAAAUUGCAAAAAACUUAUUCAUAUCCAGGGAGCGAUUAUUGCGAAACUCAUAUAAUUCGCCGCCAGAUACUAACGUGUGUACAGCAAGAUCUUUAAAAAAACAAAUUGAAUUAGUGCAUGUUAACUCAAAAGCAUAUGUCAAAAAAGCUCGAAAACGUUAUCGUAUGGAGAUAUUAAAACUAGCUAAAGAUGUGGGAUUAGGCGAACUUAGCAGUGAUGAAGAAUAUGAUAUUGCGCAAGUGGAUGUAGAAGUGAAGCAACAUAGUGCCAAAACUAUUUUAGAUCUCGCACAAAAUAAUGAAGAAGCAAACUUACCGAACAAUACUGAUAAGUGUAUUUACAGUACAUUCACAAAACAAAAGCAAGAGGUUACAAACGCCGAUACUAUAUACAUGGAUCAACUUUCGAAAUAUCCACGUUUAUCGAAUAUGCCGUUUUCAAAGUAUUUACAAAAUUAUAUUCGAAAGAAGUUUGUAGAACCUACAUUGCCAGAAUAUGAUACAACGGAUGUGCGUUUACGUGAUGUAUAUGGACGAGCCCAAGUUGCUAUUAGUUUAAAACGUACAAUGUCUCCAGAAAAGUCGCCACCUAAGAAGCAAUUAAAAAUGAACGAACCACCAGCUCUAGUACCUAUAAAGCCAAUACGUAAAUUACCACAAAGUGUAUUGGAGUCCAAAGAAAAACCUAUAAAUAAUGCAGACGUUCCGUUUGAUAACAAAUUUUUGAACAUAUAUCAAAAGUUGGAUUUGAUCAAAAAAUAUGAUAAUGAUCCAUUUAGCGUAAUGGAUAAUGAUAUAGAGUUACAACACGAGGAAGUCGUAGCAUAUAGUAGUAGCGAAGAUGUAAUGUCACCGUAUGUUAUGGGAAAUGAUAUGAUGUUAUCGCAGCAUGUACAAAACGAUGAACUACCACAGAACAUAUUACAGGCAUCAAAAACAAGUGAAAUGCCAUUACAUAUGUUGUCACCAGUCAAUGAACAAAGCAAACAACUGCAAAAGCAGAAUUCAGACUUUUACAAUUUACCAAAAUUAGAGCCUCUUACAGGUUUAAAUAAAAUAAAUAAGGAAAAAAUAAAAGUAACAUUACAAACUAGUACAGCACAAUCUCCAAAGUCGGCAUAUAUAGGUACCGGUUCAAAUCAAUCAGUGUUAAAAAAAUCUGUUUCUGGUUCACAAGUUAGUAAUGUAUCAUAUGGUUCGAAUGCUGAGCUCAUACAAGAAACUCAUUCAUGCUUUUUUUCGCUUAUACGUGAUUUUUUUUGUGCUACGCCUAAUCACCGUAUGAAGUUUGAUGAUUUAAAGCACAAAAUUGAUAGAUGGUUAUGUAAUCCAAUUACUGCACUAAACGAUUGGUACUCGCAAGCCGAAAGUUGGUCGGCUUUAAUUCUUUCAGCUAUUAAUUUUCUUGCUGGAGAAUUUGUAGAACAACCAGAAGAAUAUGUACCAUACAUAGAAUAUAAAAGACAACUCAAUAUAUACCAGUGGAUUGGUGCUGGUCGUGACUCAGAUACUCGCUUAACAUCACUUUGUCACUAUUGGAUGCAGCGCCGUAAUGAAACAUUAGAAAAUUCGAGUAAGCAUAAACUCGACCAACUAACUGGUGGUAUACGGCGACGAUCAAUGGAAGUUGAAGAUGGCUGCAAUUAUGAUAGCAACGCACUACCGCCGCCACCACCACGCUUUCCAACAACGUGGGCAGUACGACCAGCAACAAUUGAAGAGGUGCAAGAAUUUCAAAAACAGGAACGUGAAAGAUUCAGUAAUCCUCACCGUGCUUUCACGUAUCGCAUGCAUGAUUAUGAAAGUGUUGUAGGGCCAGUAAAGGGUAUUUAUUCCCAAAUUUUUGCUUUAACAAAAGCUCGUGGACACAGUAUGAUGAUCGGUGAUCGACCAAAUUUUGUAACUAUUUUGACUUUAGUACGUGACGCUACCGCACGUUUACCUAAUGGUGAAGGAACACGUGCAGAUAUUUCUGAAUUACUUAAAUGCUCACAGUUUAUAAAUCGAGACGCAGCAGAUAACGUGCUGCAAACAAUAGUUAGUGGAGCCUUGGAUCGUAUGCAUACAGAACAUGAUGCUUGUGUUAGAUAUGAUCCAAAAAGAAAAAUUUGGAUUUAUUUGCAUCGUAACCGCAGUGAGGAAGAAUUUGAACGCAUGCACCAGCAAUACCAAGGUAUUGGGAAAAAUAAGAAAAAUCCAACUAAAAAACCGAAGUCUAAAAUCCAAGCAAGAGAUGGCUCUGAUUCAGAUGUUACUACUACAAAUGUGCUUUCAAGUGUCAGUAGUAGUGUAGGGAUUAUAUCUAAAGCUACGAAAAAUUACAAUGUGCCUGCUUUAGUGCCGGCUAAGUCUUUAACUUUUAAUACCAUUAAUAAUAAAUCAUUAAUAAAUCAGCACCACCAACCGCAACAAAACCCAUUACCUAAUUGCCCACCAGUUCCGCCUUUGAAAUAUAACAUACCAUCACAAAAAUCUUUGCUUAAGCCAAUCUUUAAAACCCAACGGCCUUUAGAAAAAGUUAUUAUAGAAAGUAAUGAUAAACGUUCCGAUCAAAAUACAUUAAGUACAACACAACGAAAUUUGGUGCGCACAAUAACAAAAAGCAAUACUUCAACUUCUGCAACCGCGGUUGGUGGAAAACAAUUUAGCUUUUCAGUACCACAAAUGAAAAAUAUAUCUAGUGGAACAACACCCAUAAUUGUGGCUACACCGGCUGGCAUACAAACAUUGCGUGUACCACAAAGUAACGCGUCAAUUGCAAAAGUAAAAUCAACUACACCAACACAAUUACCAACCAUUAAUGCAAACAUUGCUAGCAAGAAGCUUGCACUAAAUAAACCAAUUAUAAUUAACCAAGUAACGCAGAAUACUUCGGGUAAAUUAAGUGUAAUGCAAGGAGGAAAGCCGUUACAACAACAACAAUCAAAUGCGCAACAGCCACAAAGUUUCAUUAUUCCAAUAAAUAAUAUUGCACUAGCGACAAACGAUAGUAAAAAGCUAAGCACAAUAGCAAAUGCAAAAGAACAAACUAGGAAUUUACAAGCUAUUCUGGUGGAUGAUUCUCAAAGUACUAGUACAGAAGGUUCCAUUACACAACUCCAACAACAGACACCACCGAAAAAUUUAAUUCGUCUUGUAUCAACAAUAAACACCAACAAUUCGCCCGUCACGAAAUCAGUCAUUGCAAGCCCCAUCGCAUCAACUGGAAGUCUACAAAAUAACAAUCAAACAUCUGUUCAAAUACUGGGUCAACGUGUAAUGGCAGGCAAUACAAUACGUCCGCAUAUUCAGCAAAGAACCGCCUCAAAUGUAUCAAUUGUGGCUAAUAGUGCUGUUCCAAAUCAAAUCACUCAAACUGGUACUGCUGGAACGAUUGUGAAAAUGUCUCCUCAAGCUUUUGCAGCACUUCAACAAAAAUCGGGCCAACAUGUUAUCGUGAAGCAAACCAUUACGAAUAAUCAGUCAAGAGUAUUAAUCGGUCAAACUGGUCAAACUAUAACAAAGGGUGGUGGAACACAACAAUUAGCUGUUAAACAAAAAACUAACGUCACUGUGACACAAACAAGCAAUAAUGUGAUUAGUUCUACUAUAGGUACACAAUUAAAUGCUAAAACUAACGCUGCUGUAACUGCGACAAAUCAAUCCGGCAAUAAAAUUCAAACGAUAAGUACAGCCAAUUUAACAUUGCAACAACAACGUGCACUCUUUCAAAAUCUGAAACAGCAGCAACAGUUACAGUUCAAAACGGUGCAUGUUGUUGCACCCCAACAGCAACAGCAACAUCAACAGCCAGAUCAACCAAAGCAACACCAAACACAGAACAUUGCAACUGCAUCGAAACCUGUGACUAUAGUAUCCCAACAGCAAAACAUAGCUCGGCUUCUGAAACCCGUUACAACAACACAACAACAACAACAACAACAACAACAACAAAAAACAUUAAAUCAAUCAUCUGUAAUAGCAAAGGACGCAAAUAACACAAGAGUACUUGCAUCAUCGACUGGUCAGAUUAUUUCUUUAGAAGAAUUAUUACAGAAACAAGGGAACAAUACUAUAAAACUUGCUACUAGCCUUAAUGCUAAACCAAUACAAGGCACUAACAUCAUACAGUUGGCUACACCAACCAAUACCGAGCUACCAAAAGUAUCAACAACACAAUUUGCUGUAGUUUCUCAGCCUAAAAAUGUAAUAUCAUUAAACUCAACGCAACGUCUUAUUACAACCCAACCGAACACCACUUCCCUGUCAGCUACAAUAGCCGGGAAAGAGAUAUCGAAAAUUGCCAGUAAUACUAUCACAUCAGGACGUAUGCUGACCAAUAGCCCAGUGCAAAAUACCAAAGUAGCACAAUUGACAAAUUCUAAAACUUUGAAUAAAAGCAUAGGUGAGAAUAUUUCGAAAGCUGCUAUAAGUCCAGCUGGUAGUAGUAACAUACGUGUUAUUAAUACUAACUCAGCCACUGGUAUUAAUAUUGCAAGUUUGCAAGGCAAGCAGAUUGUGUUCGCCGCUAAACCUGUGUCAAAUGUGAAGAACAUUACUGCAGUCACUGCGAGUCAAGCGCAGCAGUUACAAAAUGCGGGCAUUAUAUUAAGUGGUCAGACUGUUAAAAUUCAAGGAGGUAUAAACACUCAACACGUAACAAAAGGAAGUGGCAUUGUGGGGCCACAAACGGCAACACAGUCACCAACAAUUGUUAUGGGUAACCAAAUAUUGAAAGUGCAACAGUUACCGCAAAUAACGAAGGUAUCACAAAAUCGCGUAUCAGUCUCCAAUGCCUUACCGUUAACUACUGUAGCAAAUGUUAAUAAAGGAACUGUACUAGUAAAUACCAGCAAUAGUGAUACAGUAUUGAACACAACUGCGCCGAGCAUAGGAAAAACUAUAGUUUUAAAUUCUGCAGGUCAACCUCUGCGCAUGCAGUCCAGCCAGGUUACAUCCCAAGGGAAUACUGUGUUAAAAACAGUUCCUAGCAGUAGAGUUGUUUUAACAGUUCAAGGUGGCGGUCAAAUGGUAUUUUCACCAAGUAUACAAGGAGGCUCUCUUAAUCUUAAACAACUACAAAAUAUGAAAGUAGUUUCUUUAGCAUCCAUGCCUGUUGUCAAAGAUCCAAAACACCAGAAUAAAAUUACAAUUUCUGCGCAACAGCAACAACAAGUAAACCAGCAAACAAUACUGAAGAGCACAGGAAGUGGGAGUAUUGGAAGCUAAAAAUACUUAAAGUAAUUUAAAUAAAAUAAUUUUGGUUUAAGAGUACUUGAUUAUUCGCAAAGCGUUAAGUUAAUCGUUACGAAUCAUUAAGUAUUAUAUAUUUUUUUUAUUAUAAUUUAUAAAUAAUAAUUAAUAAUAAUAAAAUGUACUCACAUUAUAAUUGCAUUCAGUCGUAAAUUCA